AUGGCACCACUCGCCCCGAGAAACAACCUCGACGCUCUGCGUAACAGAGUGACGUCGUAUACGCCCACAUCACUAGCUACGGGCGCCAAGCCUGCGUUCCAACUCGCUCGGCCACCAGACCUCUCAGGGAUGAAGGAAGGCGGGCUCGUCAAAGUCCCUCCGCAUUCGGCGCCUGUAAGGCGGCCGGCAUCACGCCAACCGUCCCCAACUGCCGCUGCGACAGCGCCUGUUAGGAUCACCAUCAACACGUCACAGAUUAGCGCACCUUCCCCGAGGUACAGCUCUAAGCUUGACCAGCUCCCCGUCGAGAUGAUCAAGGCCAUGCUCAUCAAGCAGAUGGAGGAUAAGAUGGUCCUCAUGGAGAAGCGAGAGCGGUUAUUAGAAGGCGACCCCGAUCCAGACCUCAUCGGGGAAGACGCAGACCUUAUCAAAGCGCAGAUCAACCUGCUAACGUCGCGCAUUGCAGAGAUCAAGAGCGCAAUAGCCGCGCGAGGCUCGCACGAUCCGUCUAGCAGUAACACAAGCAUAUCCCACAUUUUGACACCGACACAUACUCCCCGCAGCCACCAUGCUGACCCAUCAUUCACAAUAUCCCAACCACUACGUCCGCAGCCCCGGCUUCAACCAGAGGCGGGGCCGUCGCGACGCAUGCUAGUGCCGGAAAGCAGUCCGCCUCCAGACAUCGACGAGAGAGAUAUCGAAAUGGCUGAGGAAGGUGAUUGGGACGAGCCGCCCGAGGAUCGUCCCCGUACCCCACCCCGACGCAUCGCACCAUUGCGCAAGGCGGCUUCGGGUGUCGUUGUAGACCGCGCCGCUGCCCUCGCCGAGUUCGAGGGCGUCGAUGUCCACAUGCUCGACUCGUCACCGCCACAGUCUCCAGAACGGCCGAUUAGAGCUGAAGCGUCGGAAGACGCGAUCAAUGCGACAAUGGCAGGAAAGGAUGUGUUUGUCCUCAUGCCGACGGGUGGUGGCAAGAGUUUGACAUAUCAACUCCCCGCAAUCUGCGUCAUGGGUGAGACGAGAGGAGUGACCUUUGUCAUCUCGCCUCUCAUCUCCUUGAUCAACGACCAGACGCGUCACCUGGCCAAGCGGGGCAUCCCGGCGAUUGCGUACACUGGCGACAUGACUGCAGCCGACAAGCAGCUAGCCCACACUGAGCUCUCUCAACGUGAACCGCACACCAAGGUUGUGUACGUCACGCCGGAGAUGAUGAGCAAGGGCGGCCGCAUCAAGGGCAUCAUCCGCGAUCUUAUCCGAUACAACCGCCUAGCUCGGUUUGUCGUCGACGAGGCGCACUGUGUGAGCGCGUGGGGACACGACUUUCGCGACGACUAUCUCAAGCUGGACCUCUUACGCAAGGAUUAUCCUAACGUUCCCAUCAUGGCCCUCACAGCUACCGCAGCAGAGAAGGUGCAGGCGGAUAUCAAGAAUGUCCUCAGCUUCAAAAGGGACUAUGUCCAGAUCCAGCAGUCCUUCAACCGGCCCAACCUGUACUAUGAGGUACGGCCCAAGCUGAAGAAGGUCAUGAACGAGAUCGCUUCGUUCAUCGCGGUUCAGCCACCGGGCGCGAGCGGCAUCAUCUACUGCUCUUCGCGUGAGAAGUGUGAAGUCCUCGCCAAGGAGUUGCGAGACAACCACAGCAUCCAGGCGUGGCACUACCACGCCGGCAUGUCUAAGGGAGACCGCCGCAAGGUGCAAGAAGGAUGGCAAGACCACAAGUUUGCCGUGAUUGUGGCAACGAUUGCGUUCGGCAUGGGCAUCGACAAGCCGGACGUGCGAUAUGUGAUUCACCACUCGCUCCCGCGGUCGCUUGAGGGCUACUACCAAGAAACGGGCCGGGCUGGACGAGACGGGGAUCCAGCGAACUGCAUCCUCUUCUACGGAUAUGGCGACUCCAGGAGUGUCAUGCAGCUCAUCGACCGCGACAAGGAUCUCAAUCCUCAGCAGAAGGAGCGACAGAAGAAUGCCAUGCGUGAGGUCUUGCGGUUCUGCACCAACAAGACGGACUGUCGUCGCAGCCAGGUCCUGGCGUUCUUCAAUGAGGAGUUCGACAGAGACAAAUGUCAACAAACCUGCGAUGUGUGCGCCAACCUCGAUAAGAGCAAGAUCCAAGUCAAGGACGUCACCGACGCCGCUAAGUUAGUCAUCACGAUGAUGAAGGAGUUCGGAUCCAAGGAUCGGAUCACCCUUCUCAACGCUGUCGACUGCUUCCGUGGGACAAAUGGCAACACGGACAAAGGUCUGGGCCAGAAUCCUCACUUUGGUGUUGGCAAGGACUGGGACCGUACAGAGGCUGAGCGCCUCAUUCAGAAUCUCUUGCUCGAAAGAGCCCUGGACGAGUUUCAUACCACAAACGGUGCAGGGUGGAAUAACACGUACCUCAAGUUGGGCAAGGACGCCAGCGCCUUCUUGAAAGGGCACAAGAAGUUGUCGAUGGACUUCCGAGAGGCGUCCCCAAAGAAGCCUCGCGCAACCAAAGGAACCACAGCCCGUAACUCUAUAGAAGGGCAGGCACGCCUCGUCCCUCUGGCGCAAAGAAACAAGUCGAGCAAGACGGGUAGGGAGCUGUCACGGAAGCGGUCUCGCCAGGAGGUCUUAGAGGAUGGGCAGGACUUUGUUGGCAGCGACGACGGCCCGGACUGGGACCCAAUUGAGGACGCCGAUGGCAGAGACGGAGACGACAGAGGCAUUCAGGUCCUCGGUCAGGUCAGCGGGAGCCCUCCCAAGCGGCCUCGGCGUUCAAGAGCGGGAGCGGAGAGUGCGUCUGAGCAAUGCUUGGAAGGAUUGCGCAAGCUGCGUGCCAAGAAGGCCCUGCAGCUGCCUGAUGAAACGCUGCAGACCAUUGCCGCAAUGAUGCCGUCUAACAUGCCAGCGUUGUACGAGGUCGAAGGCCUGUCGCGGAAACAAGCAGACUUGUAUGGUACCAAGAUCCUUGGAGUUACCACAAAUUUCGUUCAAGAUCAUCGAGCUCAGGAAGCGCCAAAUGCUCCGGCUCCUGCCCGACGGACCCUGGCAUCUAAUGUCGCCACUGGAAGAAGAAUUGGAGUGGGAGCAGGCGGGUCCACACUCUCAAACCUGAACGCGUACGCCUAUCAAGGUGAGACGGGGAAUGUGCCAAUGCGACGGGCAGCUGCCGCGACAGCUGGGCGGAUGGCGUUGGCCCAGCCGGGAUCAUCUAGUGGCCCGCGCUUUUAA